AUGGCGUCAUUGAGGGAUUUGCCAACAGAGCUACUGCUAAAGAUUAUUGAUUGGUUGGAUUUGAAGGAUGUUGUACACUUAAGUGGAGUGAAUAGGCUAUUAUACAGUGUAGCGAUAUCGAACACAGUGUGGUAUUCAAUCAAUCAGCGAACACUCCCAGAAGUAGAUAUCGACAGCUGGAUGAUGAAGCUAGGAUUGAGUGAUCGUGACUUGUACACGAAUGUGACGAGAUAUGCCAAGUCAUUUACCUAUGUCCAUGCUGGAAAUGUGUAUCCUCAGGGCCAUUUACUUGACUGGACGAUAUCCGCAACUGAGCCAAUAUCCCAAGGGAAGCUGGUGAGCAUUACCAACACUUUUACGCCCACGCCCGCAUAUACCAGUGCACUCGAGCAAGCGCGAUGGAUAUAUGUGAACGACGCCAACAUACUACUCAACGAUGUUAUCAGCGAUUAUGUAGAAGCAGGACUGCGCAUAACGGAGGAAAGAGUGAGCGAUAUAGCAGUCAAGUUCACCGGAUCGCCAAGUUGGCCAGUUAUCGCGGUAGAUGUGGAGAGUGGGGCGGAGAAGCGCAUGGAGGGAUACAGAAGCGAGGAUGUACCGAUACGCCAUCUGCUCUGUCCUAAACAUGAAGAUGAAGACCAUGUCGAGGAGACUUACUUGCAGACCCACCCCUUUCACCACCUCACCCCGUUCCUCGCACAGAGACGCGGCAUUGUUUCGGUUUUCCACUUCAAUCGCCCUUACCCUUGGCCAGAAGACGAGCCUCUGGAAACUGUCCAGCUUGUUCAGCCUGGCGAUGGCGCGCCAACAGAUAGCGAUAGCGAUAUAGUGGGUUACUAUGCAGGCACAUAUGGCGGACAUGGCAUCGAAGUGCUUGGCAUGCGCCGCUUCAAUAGCGCAGAUGGAAGACCCCUGCUGGAAUUCGUCAAGGUGACUGGAGACGACAAUGUGCCGAGAGGACUAGUGUCUUUGCGCGUCUUCCUUGAUGAAGAGGUUCGCGAUACGGAGCUCGUCAGCGACCAACACGAAAGCAGACUGUCCUCAGACGAUAACCUCCCGUGGCCGAUAGACAGCCCUACACGACCGGCAGGCGUGUCGUUCGCAGGGGUUGGGAAAAUAGCACACAGCUCAUACACAUCCCCCAGCUGGACUAACGUGGUCGUGCACAUCGAGAAGGAGAAUCUGGUGUACGCGCGUUGGACAGACUUGCGCAAUACGCUUAUAAUGAAAAGGUUCUUGUGA